AGAUUUUAACCGAUGAAUGUACAGUACAGUUAGCACGAUAAGAUAGAUACGAAAACAUGGCCGACGUAGAAGUAGAUCCUAUCGAUGUCCCGGAUAAGCUGGAAAAGAAGCUGAAUGUCGUUGGCAUGGUCGGACUCAUCGUCUUCUAUCUUAUCAUUUUCUUCGCUGGAAUUCUUUCUCACAAAGUGCUGAGGAGAAAAUCAAGAAAAGAUAUCAGGAAGACACAGGUUGAAAAUGAAACUGAAGACAUGAUGUUGGCUGGUCGGGACAUCAACUACUUCGUGGGCGUUUUCACCAUGACAGCAACGUGGGUUGGGGGAGGUUAUAUAAACGGAACCGCGGAGUCUGUGAUAAAGAACGGUCUUGUCUGGACACAAGCUCCGAUAGGUUAUUCAAUAUCUCUCUUCCUGGGGGGCUUGUUCUUUGCGGAGAAGAUGAGGAAGAGAAAGUUCGUGACAAUGUUAGAUCCUCUGCAGGAGAAAUACGGAAAACCUCUCGGAGCUCUCUUCUACAUCCCCGCUUUCUCAGGCGAGAUUCUUUGGUCCGCAUCCAUCCUAGCUGCUCUGGGAACUUCACUCAGAGUCAUCUGUGGUAUUGAUGAUACUACGUCUAUCAUUGCCAGUGCAGCCAUAGCAAUGACCUAUACUCUGUUCGGAGGGUUAUACUCCGUGGCCUUUACCGAUGUUUUCCAACUGAUAUGUAUAUUCUUUGGAUUGAUAUUCGCCAUUCCAUUCAUGGCAACUAGCCAUAAUGUGGAUAUUCCUCUGAGGAGUUCCAAUUUGACCAUGUUCAUGGAUCAGGACCAAACUUACUCCAAGUUCUUUGGAAAGCUUGACAAGGAAGAUGCAGGAGUUUGGGUUGACUAUGCCAUCAUGCUGAUGCUUGGAGGAAUCCCAUGGCAAGCGUACUUCCAGCGAGUCCUGUCAGCUAGAGAUGUCAGCGUUGCUAAGACCCUUUCCUUCAUUGCUGCUUUCGGGUGCUUCUCUGCUGCUAUUCCUUCUAUUGUAAUUGGUUUGAUAACAAUGAACACAGAUUGGCCAGGCACUGACUACGGAGAAAUGCUCCUUCCAAAAGAUUACAAAUUAGCUGUUCCUUUGACUCUGCUCUAUCUAACGCCGCCAGCCGUUGCUUUCAUAGGUCUUGGAGCAGUAAGUGCUGCCGUAAUGAGCUCAACCGACAGUUCAAUCCUUGGAGUUAGUACUAUGUUCACCAGGAAUGUCUUUGUAAACGUAAUCUACCAGAAGGCAUCCGACAAACAGACUAUUUGGUUUUUGCGAGGAACAGUUUUCGUAAACACGGUCAUUGCUAUGAUCAUAGCUAUAUGCGUGAAGACUGUGUACGGACUCUACUUGAUAUGCAGUGAUUUGGUGUUCAUCCUGCUGUUCCCCCACCUGGUGAUGGUGGUGCACUUCCCCAAGCUCACCAACAAGUACGGAAUGUUAGCUGGAUUCACUGUAGCGCUCAUUCUAAGAGCGCUAUCAGGGGAACCGGUACUGAAGUACAACGCCAUCCUCAAGUUUCCUGGUUACCUAGAACCCCAUUACGAUGAAGCUAACGUAUACCAGUAUGGAAGACAGAGAUUCCCCUUCAGGAAUCUCAUCAUGAUUCUCAACUUCCUCAUAACACUCUCUGUUACAUUCCUCUCUAAAAAACUCUUCGCCAAAUACCCUGAUCUGCAAAAGUACGAUAUUCUGGACGCUGUGAAGGACCAAGAAACAGACAAGAGAGAACGUCUUCAAAAUGAGAAGGAAGGAGAAGAAUGCAUAUAAACUCGAGUUCGUAGAGGUCCACACUCCACAAGCUUGUAAAGUGAGGUUCUUAGAGCUUCAAUUAAGCUGUGAUCGUGGAUCUGUUGUAAUCUAUUUGAAAUAGAAUUAUAACAAUAACAUUGAGUAACAGCUGGGUUAUUAUAAUGACAGUAUCUAAUGGGUGAGUCACAGGAUGUAGGAAAUGACUAGUUUAGGCACUAAAACGAGUUACUAAAAACUAAACCCGUUUUUUCUUGGAUAUGUGCACAAAAUAAGGACAUGAAGAACAAGAUGGGAAGUAGAAUUACCUGCACUUUUGCUGGUGUUGUAGCUAGACCUGGACACACUUUUAGCUGAGAAGCGACUUUUAGCUGAAGCCCCUGUUCUACUUGGUGUACCUUCCAUCUGGUAGGGCGUGCUCUCCUGAAAUUGUAUA